UUUUUUUUUUCGCAUUUAUAUAACGGGAAAAUAUCAAAUAAUUCCCAUAAGCGACUUCGAUCAUUAUUUCAUCAAUUUCGAUUUUUGAUAAUAAGCGUGUUUCGUUGUGCGGUUAUGAGAGAGAGAGAGAUAGAGCGAGAUAAUAGCACUGUGAGCUGUGCGACGGAAGACUGGAACGGUGAAGUGUUGCGCUCGGGGUGUUAAGUGAAUACGACGAGCAUCCAAACUACGAGAGAGAAAGAGAGAGAGACUUCAACGCACGCAUAGAAGAGAUAACGGUGAGGGAUAUAAGGGGAACAACACCGAGGACACGACGUUAAGGGUUGGGAAUCACGUUUACAGAAAGAAAAGGAAAGGGAACGGUGAUACAGACGCCUCGUCCAAAUCGGCGAGGUGUUGUCCGAGGUGGAGGAGGGCGUCGGGAGGAGAGGGUUGGAAGGAGGGUGGCGUGCUAUGAUCAGCAUGGAGCUUCCGGCCCACGCGACGCAGCAUGGUGCUCUUCACCUGGGGGUCGGGGUCGCGGUGAAUCCAGGUGAUCCAGCCGGAAGUACUCUAACCGCCAUUCAUCCGCAUCCCCAGGAUCCCUUAGCCCUCCACCAUCACAAUCACGCUGCCGCGACACCCGGAGGUAUGCAUGAGGACUCCAAGAAAAAACAUGAUGGUGGCCAUGGAAUGAAUCAAGACGGCCACGGUGGAGUUAACCAGCUUGGUGGUGUCUUUGUGAAUGGGAGGCCCUUACCGGACGUAGUAAGGCAAAGGAUCGUCGAACUAGCGCAUAGUGGUGUCCGACCGUGCGACAUUUCGAGACAACUCAGGGUAUCUCACGGCUGUGUAUCCAAGAUAUUGUCAAGGUAUUACGAAACCGGCAGCUUCAAGGCCGGCGUGAUAGGUGGUUCCAAGCCUAAAGUGGCAACGCCACCGGUUGUCGAUGCGAUCGCGAAUUACAAGAGGGACAAUCCAACGAUGUUUGCUUGGGAGAUUCGUGACAGGUUGCUGGCAGAAGGGAUUUGUUCGCAGGACAACGUACCCUCUGUCUCCUCUAUCAAUCGAAUCGUGAGAAACAAGGCGGCAGAGAAGGCGAAGCACGCGCAUCAGCAACAGCAGGCGCAGCAGCAGCAAGGUCAGCAACAAGGUCAGCCAGGAUCAGGUGGUUCCGUGUCGGUGAUAGCCCAUGCACCUGCCACACCGGCGGGUCAUCCUGCGGCCGCCGCUCCCAAUGCCUACAGCAUCAGUGGCAUCCUCGGAAUCCCCGCACACCAUCAGGAUCCAAACGGCAAUAGUAUCAAGAGAAAGCGAGCCGAUGAUGACGACAAUCGUGACUUGGGCGAUCAUCCGGAGGACGACUUGAAGAGACAGCGAAGUAACUACAACGGCGACCAACUCUAUUCGAACCUGUGGUCGAGUAAAUGGAGCAUCAAGGACGAACACAAGCUCCUGAACGAGCUUGGUGGAGGAGGCGGAGGUGGCGGUGGAGGUGGUGGCGGUGGCGGCGGCGGCGGCGGGGGAGGCGGUGGUGGCGGUGGCGGCGGCGGAGGUGGUGGUGCGAAUGGUGGCGGAGGUGCAGGAGGCGGUGGUGCCUACUAUGAGCAUGCCGGAUUCCCCGGGAACGCGAUUGCCACCUCCGCCGAGCUCUACGACUCCCUGGGCACCAUCAGUACGAUGACGCAGGCGCAAACGCCACAUCUCUAUACCCCGCCCAUAGGGGGCACCAUAGCAGGUGGUACUUUGACGCCGCUCGCUCCACUGACGAUGCAAGCAUUGGACGGGGCUAACAUGUCUCCUUACCACGCCACCGCAGAGAGCGGUACCGUCGCAGUCUCGUACGUAGGGGUUGGGGCCGGCGGGGGCGAGCAGAGUCCACCGAUUUCCUUGCAGAACGAGACGAACGCCACCCCCGCGGCCCCCAACACCCCGGGAGGGGAUCCCGGACUCACGGUCUUGCAGCCGCCAGUUUCUCAGCCUCAGGUAGCCUCUGCGAUACCACCGUACUCGACGAUGCUUCCAAGUUUCGGACAUUAUGCCACCGGUGGUGGCGAUUACGCGUACAGCGCCGCGUAUUCUCAAUAUUCGAGUGCACCGUACAGUGGAUAUGGCUAUGGAGCAGCGACAAGCGGGUUGCUCAAUUCCACGUACUACUAUUGCAACGGGGAUACGCUGGCGUCUUCCCAAAACAAUUCGCAAGCGGCCGGCGCGUGCAACAAUAAUGGCGGCGGCGGCGGCAGCGGCGGCGGUGGCAACGGCGGCGGCGGUGGUGGUGGUGGCAUUGGAGGUGGUGGCGGAGGUGGAGGUGGUAUCGGAGGUGGUGGUGGAGGUGGAGCAGAUAGCAACACGGACGUGGCUAGUCGUUCGCCUCUGGCAGCCACCAGAGCAAGUAGCGGUGCGAGUGCGGCAUCACCGACUGGUAGCGCCUGUACCAAACCAGAUCAUGCCUCUACACCGACCGACCUAUACUUGGCUUGAUCGGUAAAGGUCUCACGUGAUACCAAUGUGUAAGGACCGAUCGGCAAUAAUGGACGCCAUAUCAUUGGAGGGAAAAAGAACGAAAAAAAAAAAAAAAAAACAGAGAAAAAAAAAUGAGAGAAAACAAAAAAGAAACAAAGAAAGAAACUCGAAGAAAACGGUCCUAUCGACCUCUAUGAUCUCCUCGACGAGUUUACACGGCGAGAACGACGAACUAGGGAUACGAAAUGGUGGAUGAGGGACGAGAGAAAUGGGGGGAGGGGGCAGGUGAGAGGGGAAGAGGAGAAGGCGGAGGGUCGGAGGGGAGAGGGGAGAUAUUAAACGGGAGAGAAAAGUUUCGAGGAUUAAAAAAUUCGUCUCGAAAAUAAUUUCUCAAAAGGGAGGAGAAAGAAAAAAAAAAGAAGAAGUAAUAUCUUCCUCUCUAUUUCUCUCGCUCACUCUCUAUCUCUCUCUCCCUCUCUCUCUCUAUAUAUAUAUAUGUAUAUCUACAUCUCUCUAUCUCUCUCUCUCUCUCUCUCUCUCUCUCUCUCUCACUCUCUCUCUCGCCCAUUGCCUAGCUUUCGUCCUCGUUUCUUCUCGCACGUUGAACAUCCGGCCGGAAAUAAAAGAAAUGCGCGUUCGAGUCCAAGGACCGUCGUCUCUAGUAGUUUAUUUAUUUCGUGAUACGAAGAAGAAGAAUAAGAAGAUGAUGAUGAAGGAGAAAGGGGAGAAAGAGAAAGAUGUAGGAAACAAUCUUGGUAAAGAAAAGAAAUCAAAGAAAAUGAAACAUUAAUCGUGAGCUGCGAGAGACUGUCUUCUAAAAACGUAAAAUCGCGACGAGAAGAAGAGGAAGAAGAGGAGGAGGAGGAGGUAGAAGAAAAAGAAGAAGAAGAUGAUGAUGAAUGAAGAGAAGAAGAAGAAGAAGAAGAAGAAAGAGAAGGAGAAGGAGAAGAAGAAGAAGAAUUUUCGUAAAACCGAGAGAGAAGCGUUAACUAUUUUCUCCGUUAGACGCGCGCAGCCGUAGAUAGUUUAAUUAUAACGAUUCCCCCAUCCCCCUCACACAUUUAGAGUAAUUGUGGCGCGUGACGCCCGCUGAUUGGUCGACGAUUACGCAUACGUCAUCGCAUUAAUUCUUUAACGCGACGGUUAUUCGAAUUCGAAAAUUUCCCGCUUGCCGUCGGCCAAUCAGCGUAAUCGUUACGGGUGCGUCGUCACGCCUACGUACGACGUUGCUCGCGAGCGCUUAUCCUCGUGCCAUCUGUUAAAGCGAAGCACGAACUACGACUGGAACGAGCUCGUGUCGGUAAAAACGAGGAGAUAACGUUCGCGAGCGACCUUUCGUUGAUGAAAUUUUACAAACGCAAAAGAAUGGUGUCCCUAUUCGAUUUCAAAUGUAAUGACGUGAUAUAUAUAUAUAUAUAUAUAUACAUAUAUGUAUAUAUGUAUGUAUGUACAUAUACAAAAUAAAAGGAACAAAAAGAGAAGCAAGAGAGAAAAUUACAAGUAAAAAAAAAAAAGAAAAGAAAAGAAAAAAAGAACAGAAUAACAAAAGAAAAAGAAAAGACACAAUUAAAAUUACGACAAAUUCAAAGAUAGAUUUAUUAUUCGCGCAUGCGACGUUAUACAUAUGUAUGUAUAUGUACUUGCUACGAUAAACGAAUAGAAUAUCGUAAAAACGUCGUUCGUAAAAGCAAUAGAAUACGGACACCAUUUCAUCGAAAAUUAUACCUAUGUAAGUAAGAGGGAAGAAGAAGAAGAAGAAGAAGAAGAAGAAGAAGAAGAAGAAGAAGAAGAAGAAGAAGAAGAAGGAGAAGAAGUAGAAGAAGAAGAAAAGGAAGAGAAAAAAGAAAACAAAAAGCGUUGGUAGCCCGCGCAAAAGAUACCACGUAUCCUCGCCGUCCCAAUCCCUUAUCCUGUAUCCUAUUAACCUCACUUCCCCUCUUCCAGUCCCUCCUCUCUUCCUUGAAAUCCUGAAAAAUUGAAAAAUCCCCGCCCAACGAUAUAAAGGUAUAGGAAGAGUAAUCGAUAAGUUUAUUGAGAUUUUUAAAUCAGAAGUCGACGUAACGACGCGAUCGCUACUGUUAAGGAUAUUAUAUAUAUUUUUUGUAGAAACCAAAGACCACACACGCGGAUCGUCGAAGGAACGAAUUAACGUCGUUCGAAAAAUGGCGCGUUUAACGUCGCGCGUGCGCGUGCGCGUGCGCGCGCAUGCGUGCUCACCCGGAGACAUUUAUUCAAAUAUCGUGCGACUAUAUAAUAUGUACGUGUAUAUUCAGUGAUGUUCUCUCUCGUGUUCUUUAUUUCCUGUAUUUUGUUCUUCCUUUUAUUUUAUUUUAUUUUAUUUUAUUUUAUUUUAUUUUAUUUUAUUUCAUUUGAUUUUAUUUCAUUUCAUUUCAUUUCAUGUCAUUUUAUUUCUUUUCUUUCAUUCUUUCUUUCUUUCUUUUUUUUUUUUUUUUUUUUUUUUUUUUUUUUUAAGAAAAACAUGACAUAAGCGUACGCACGUUUCCGCCUCCUCCUCCUCCGAGCAACGCACACACACAAAAUCCAUUGAGAUUUAUCGUUUUGUUUUUCAAUUACGAAAUUGAAAAGGUGAUAAUAAUUAGUGUGUCACGAUGAUAAAUUAUUUCUUAGUUUCUUUUUUCUAUUCUUUUUCUUUUUUUUCUUCUUUUUAUGUUUUGUUUCAUCUUUCCCAUUGUCACAUAAAAUAUAACACAAAAUGGCGGAACGAAUGUACGAAGACUUGUAAACGUCGUUGACGUAGUAGAAACGUUUCUUUCUUUCUUUUUUUAUUUAUUUAUUUUUUUUUGUUUUUUAAUUUUUUCUAUUUUUUAUCUCUUUUCUCGCCUUUCUCCUUUUUUUUUUCUUUUCCCCUCUCUCUCUCUCUCUCUCUCUCUCUCUCUCUCUCUCUCUCUCUCUCUCUUCUUUUAUCCGAGCCACCGAUAAAAUUUAUUUUCGAGAACGAACGUCUAAUUGCGAAAAAGGGAAGAAUGUCAGAUCGUUAUCUCUAUGUAACUUAUUAAUUAAUAAUAAUUGUACACGUAUGUGUAUGUAUAUAUAUAUAUAUAUAUAUAUAUGUUUGUAUAUAUAUAUAUGCGUAUCUAUGUAUGUAUGCAUAUACGUACAUAUUUGUUGCGCGCUCGUUGUUAUACGUUCCGUUUCGAUUACUUUAAAACGAGGAAGUCGCUUGUCGCUUCCGCGAUUUCGUUGGCCGUAACGAGCGAGCCAAUUACGGACACACACUCGUAAUUAAUGGCUAACGUUAUGUUAAUGGUUAACGUUAACGAAGGAAGAGAUCGCACGCGUACACACAUACUUACACGUUCGUGGAUUUCUAUGCUUAAUUAGUAAUACUGUCGAGAGUUUUACCUCGAUAUUCGGAGACGCAUCUUUGACGGACUUUGCAUGGUUAAAAGAAAAAAAAAAAAAAAAAAAAAAAAAAAAAAAAAAAGAAAAAAGAAAAGAACGUUAAAGUUAAAUAAUAGAAAACAAAAGAAAGAAAAGGCAACAUAUCCUAUCAAAUUUAAAACAAACAAACCUGCGAACCAUUUUCAAUACGAUAUUUAAUUUGUCAAUUUGUCGUAUCGAAGUUCUUCUUUUUUUUUCUUUCUUGUUUUUUUUUUUUCUUUUUUUUUUUUUUUUUGAAAGAAAAAAAAAAUAAAAAAGCCAGGAAGAAAAAGAAAAAAAGGAACGAUCGUCUUACGUACAUACCUUUAAAAGAAAUAAAAAAGAAGGAUAUAAAUAAUCGAAGAUCUUCACGGUAGAUCUCUCGUGUUUAAACGUUGUUCCAAUUGAUCGGCGAAGAUGCUUGUCACAAUGAGAGGUUAUACUCGGGACGGAGAUAAAGGAAAGAUAAUAAUGAAUAAAUAAAUGAAAAAAAAAAAAAAAGAAAACAUUAAUAAUAAUAAAAAAAGAAUAUAAUAAUCACAGAUACAAAAAAAAAAAAAAUACAAGCAAAAUUAGAAACACAAUUUGACUAAGUAAUUUUUUUUCAAUAAUUUUUCACUCACUUUUCACAUUGUUAUAAUAUAUAUAUAUAUAUAUAUAUUUACGGAGAAAACGAAAAAAAAAAGAACACACGAAUCGGUCCAAUCAAUUCGGCCCACUAACGUAAUUGUACGUAAGUAAGUACGCGCGAUGACGAACAACCGACAUUUUCGAAUUUCUUUCGCUCAUUGAUUUUGGAUCAUUGAAAAAAGCUUUUUAAAUAAAUCUAUGAUAUGUAAGUAAUUACCAUAGAAACAAUCAUGUAAAGUUGUUCUCGAAAUUACUUUCGCGCAAUUAUAUUCAACACGUGGAAUUUUUGAAAACGAACGAACAUAUUUUAUUAACGAUAAUAAUUGUCACUACGAUGAUCGUUGAUUGAUCAUAUCGUAUCGGCGAUUCGUUAUACGAAAAAAUUGAUUAUAAUUAAUUAAUUAAUUAAUUAAUUGAAAACGUUAAAAAAGAAAAAAAAAAAAGAAAAAAGAAAAAAAGAAGAAAGGGACAAAAAAAGAAAGACGAAAAAAAUGACGAGCGUCGAUCGAAGUACGGUUGCAAGAAAAAAAAAAAAAAAAAAAAAAAAAAAGAAAAGAAAAAAGAAAAAGAAAGAAGAAACAAAAGAAAUAAUUACAUCGACGAAGAUCAAUUUCCUUUACGCGAAUUCUAUCGUCUUACUUUAUACUCGUUUGUUUGUAUUAUGCAAUAUUAAUUUACGGAUUAUUACGAAGACGCGGCGAAAGAAGUUCGAAACAUUUUAAAUAUUAUUAUAAUCAUUUGAAAUAUUCACGUGGCUACGACGUCCCCCUUUCGAGCAAGAGAACGACAAUGGCGACUGUCGGUGGCCGCCAGAGUGCACGACGAUCGUCGCACGUGAUCGUGUUCUCACGUUAUUCAGAUAGAUAGAGAUAGAUAGAUAGAUAGAUAUAGAGAGAGAGAGAGAGAGAGAGAGAGAGAGAGAGAGAGAGAGUGAGAGAGAGAAAGAAGGGAGAGAAAUUAAAAAAAAAAAAAAAAGAAAAGAAAAGAAAAAAAAAGAAAAGGAAAAGAAAAAGAAAGGCGCGUUAAUUGAAUCAACAAGAUCGUACUUUCGUUUAUUCUUCGAUUUCUCUUUCGCGAAAAAGGAAAAAAGAAAAAGAAAAAAACGUACAUUUUAUAUUUACGAUCAACAUCGUAAUACGAUAACGAUCGUUAAUGAUCGUUAAUGAUCGACAACAGUAACAGCAAUAGCAAACAAUGACAACAACAACAACAACAACAACAACAACAACAACAACAUUAACAAUAACAAUAACAACAAGGGACAAAAAAAUAACAGAAACAAAGGAAAAGUACUUUUAAACGAAACGUUUAUGACUCUUCUUCUUGUCGUCGUUGACUUCAACGUUUGUAGUCUCGCAGGCAAAGAGCUUUCUGGUCGAUAACGAGGAGGGAAACAUUGGGUUGUUACCGAUCGAAAAGGGCCACCUUUUGUUCUAUCGUAUGGAAAGGAGAAAAAGGAUAACGAAAAAGGAAAAAAAAAAAAAAAAAAAAAGAAAA